UUCUUCGGAGACAGAGCGAGAAAAGAAGAAGGGGACAAGAUCUUCUGCACCAUUUUGUUUGUUUUCUUGUCCUGUUUUCUUGGAGUUUUGAAGUUGUAGGCACAAAGAGAGAGGGCUCUGUUUUUUGGAGUUGUAUACACAUUUACGCCUGCUGGAUUCUCUCACCCUUUUGAUCCUUGUCUCCACUCAUAGCUACCUCCCUUAGGAUAGCAAGCUAUGUGUGACAACAUGUCGUCCGAUCCUCUCGACCGACCGGGUAAAGGAGCCAACGAAGUCGAGAUGUCGGAGGAAGAGAGAAAGACAAGGCUAGCAUCUCUUAAGCAAAAAGCAAUCAACGCCUCAAACAAGUUCAGACAUUCAAUGAAGAAGAAAAGCAGAAGAAACAGCAGCAGAGUGAUGUCAAUUUCCAUAGAAGACGACAUCGACGCAGAGGAAUUACAAGCAGUAGACGCCUUCCGCCAAGCUCUCAUACUAGAAGAGCUCCUCCCUUCAAAACAUGACGACCAUCACAUGAUGCUCAGGUUCUUGCGAGCUAGAAAGUUCGACAUCGACAAGUCAAAGCAAAUGUGGUCGGACAUGCUCCAAUGGCGCAAAGAGUUCGGAUCCGACACAAUAAUGGAGGACUUUGAAUUCAAGGAGAUAGACGACGUGUUGAAGUAUUAUCCACAAGGACAUCAUGGAGUCGACAAAGAUGGACGACCCGUGUACAUCGAAAGGCUCGGCAUGGUCGACUCGACCAAGCUCUUGGAAGUGACGACGAUGGAUAGAUACGUGAAUUACCAUGUCCGUGAGUUCGAGAGGACCUUUGUUAUGAAGUUCCCAGCUUGUUCUAUUGCUGCUAAGAAGCAUAUUGAUCAGAGCACGACCAUCUUGGAUGUCCAAGGCGUGGGACUCAAGAGCUUCAACAAAUCUGCCCGGGAACUCAUCCAGAGGCUGCAGAAGGUUGAUGGUGACAACUAUCCAGAGACAUUGAACAGAAUGUUCAUCAUCAACGCUGGAUCUGGAUUCAGGCUUCUAUGGAACACUGUGAAAUCGUUUCUUGACCCAAAAACGACAGCUAAAAUCAAUGUUCUUGGCAAUAAGUAUCAGAGCAAAUUGCUCGAGAUCAUCGAUGCUAGUGAACUUCCAGAGUUCUUGGGAGGUUCUUGCACCUGCGCCGACAAGGGUGGCUGUAUGAGAUCCGACAAGGGACCAUGGAACGACCCAGAAAUCAUUAAGAUGGUUCAAAAUGGUGAAGGAAAAUGCAGGAGGAGGUCAUUAUCCAACGUUGAAGAGAAGACCAUUUCUGAAGAUGACAACACAGGAAGCAAGAUAAGUGGUUCAUCCAACUUAGAAUCAGCUCCUGAGGCGGCGGUGGCGGCGGCGGUGGCAGAGUCUUGCACGUCCCCAAAGCAAGCAAAACCGUCCCCUGUUUCAGCAGCAGUGGAAGUUCAAAUGUCGAAAAAGAUGGAUUGCGAGUAUCAAUAUAACAAGUUCGUCCCUGUGGUCGAUAAAAACAUGGAUCAAAAUUGGGCAAUUUCAAAUGAAAAAUACAAUUUAUCCAAAGACCCAUUUGCAGUGCAUGAAAACUACAAAGUCCCAGAUGGUUUCAGCAACCAACUAGUUGGAGGAAUAAUGGCUGUGGUAAUGGGAAUAGUGACAAUGGUCCGGCUAACUAGAACCAUGCCAAAGAAGCUCACAGAGGCAGCCAUCUACAGCAGCACGGUCUACUACGACGGUUCGAUGCCGAGACAUCCAGCGUUGCCGCCCCCCGCCGCCGUGCCUCUUAGCGACUACAUGACAAUGAUGAAGCGCAUGGCGGAGCUCGAAGAGAAAGUCAAUGUCCUCAACAUGAAACCGGCCGCCAUGCCGGCUGAUAAAGAGGAAAUGCUCAACAUUGCUUUGGGCAAAGUUGAAACUUUGGAACAUGAAUUGCAAGAAACUAAGAAGGCACUCGAGGAAUCCCUUUCUCGAGCAGCCGAGCUCAGCAGCUACAUCGAAAAGAAGAAGAAGAAGAAGAUGAUGGUGAACCCAUUCCGCUGGGGAAUGUGAUUAAUGUUGUUGGAGUUCCAAAUACAUAGGAGCUAAAAAAAAAAUAAAAAAAAAUAAUAAGAACAAGAAAGAUAGGGUAGAGAGAGAAAGAGUUUCUCCCUCCUCUUUCUCUCUCCAUCUCUGUCUCUAUCUCUCUCUAUCCAAUUGUUUGUAUUUUGGAAUGUAUUUGAGACAAUGUUUUAUUAUUUGGUAUUAUUACGUCACUUUUUGUAUAUUAAAAUUUUAUUUUGGAUUUGAGAAAUUGUAUAUGAUGUCAAUCCGAGCAUUUAGCUCAGUGGAUCAGGC